AUGAACGCAUGGUCGGGCUUAUUAUUGGUUCUAUUUACGGGCUACGGUAAGAUUUUGAAUAUUUGGGGCUUUUUCGGAUGUUUGAGAAAUCUUUGAUGAGACAUUUAUCUAGAGUUGCGACGGUUUGAUUUUUCUCAAAUUUUAUCGCAUAUGUAUGAUUUCCCUAACAAGGGAAGUACCCCAAGUUCAUCCCCCAGAUUUUGAUGAAACUUGGCAUAAAUUUAAAAUACGUUUUUCUAAAAUAUAUGCCAGAAUCCUAGCUUGCGCUUUGCAGAAACAACCGAGAUUUCUGGCUUAAAAGUCGGCAAAAUUUUGAAAAUUUGUGCCCAACUUUGGCACAAAAAGUUUUGUGCCUAUUUCUACCACAGAGGUAAUGUUUUCACAAAAGAAAUAAUGUUUUCCGCUCGAAACUGGCAAGGUUAUGGCCAAAAAGUGUUUUUUCACGCUCUCCACGUUUAGCGUACCCUCUCGGCGGCAAAAUUGUUGGAUAUCUUGGCGGGGCUUACAAAGCGUGAGCUAAAAACUUCAGAAAUGAUACUUACUCUAUUCUUGACGUGCGUACAAAAUUUUAAUAAAAUUUGAGCGUCGCACUUGGGGUAUCUCCUUUGUAAGUUACAGACUUCUUCUUGAAUGUUUGAGCUUGCUGUUUGAUGAGAAAUCAGCGAGAAAAGGACUUCUGCUUUAUCUCUGCGAGCCUUGCAUGGCGUAGCGAACUUUUUUCGCCGCCGAUCGGUGUCCAAAAAAAUGAAAAAAAUAAUGAGUGGUCAUUACGUUUUUAUGCGUGUACGGAAAUAUUUUUUCAACGAAACAUACCCUCUCUAGAAGUCAAGCUGGCAAACGUUUCAUCAAAAUAUAAGCGUCGUACUGUGAGCAUUCUCUCUCUGUGUAAAGCUUUCUUUACGGUCGGGCAAUUUAUUUUACGAUUCGUUUUACAGAAAAUUAACUUAACUGUUGAAACAUUCACUUUCCAAAGGCCCUUCUGUAGCCUCUUAUAGCUCUUUUACGCAAAAUUCAAUGACAGCACGCUUUCACAUUUUUUUCAAUUUUCCAGUCAACGCCAUUCUCCAUGAAUCCAACGAAACCCUCCAGCACGAACGUCGUUCAGUCGGCGACGCCAAACAAAAUCCGGAAGUACUUUCUGACGGCCCGACACCACCGCCUCUGCCGUUUCCGGUGACGGCGCAAUCCCUGGCCGACACUUUGUCUCCGCCGUUGCUUUCGUCGAUCCAAUUCGAAGGCGAAGCGUUGAGCCAACUUUUCAGCGCUGUCAAGGCAUCGCGGCAGGAGGAAAGGGACGAAAAGCAAGACGCAAUGCCUCCGGCAAUCAGCCCUCAUGAUAUGCUGAAUAGAUUUUUUGUGGAAGAACAAAAAGCGGAGGCGCGGCUGUUGCAGAGCGUCACAACAACGACUGUGAUGGUUCCCACAGAAAGUGUGGAUGUAGAUGCCGUUGAGCUUGGGCUGUUUCAGGUAAAUAAGUUUGUUGAAAAUUGAGAGUACAGUGGUGGACCUGAUCCAGUGGCAAAAAACGUACUAUUUUGCAUCCGGGAAUUAUCAAAAAUAUGGCAAAAUACCUGCAUUUACAAAUGAAAGACUCCAAUUUCAAAAGCGCGCCCGCUCUUUUUGUAAGGGAAAAGGCGCGCUCUUCAAAACGGAGUAUUUUCACUUGGAGAGGGAGGUAUUUCGCUGCAUUUUUGAUACUUCCCGGAUGCGAAAUGGUACGUUUUUUGCCACUGGAUCAGAUCCCUCACUGUAUCAAUGAAAAAAAUAAAAUCUGUAAAACAGAAAACUAUAGGCAAAAUUUUACAUCUGACAUACGAAUUUAAAAAAGAUCCGAUUGUCUGCUGUAUCUUACAAUCCAGUUUUCAUUAUUCUGUUUGCAUGCUUUGUUGACCCAAAAUUAAUAUCUAGGAGGUUCAAGAGCUGGACACAUCAACAACGACCACAACUACAACCACAAUCGCCCCCUCAAUCACCAAGAAAACGAGUCGCCGUCCAAGGGUUGGCAGUAGGAGGAAAAAUGGAACCGUCCGAAGUCGGCGUCCCACAAAAGGCCGUCGACGCACCACAACGACAAAUACGCCUCCACAAAUUCAUCAAGAAGAGGUUCAGCCGGCGGAAAUGGAAGUCGCCCAUAGAGUUCACAAAAUCAGAUCCAAAGCCAAGGUGCCGACACAACAGGAAGUCCUCGACUUCUUUGGCCCUCAACUCAGAUCACACAGAGGGUUAGAUCGGCAUACUCGAGAGGAGAUUUUAGAUUCAUCGACGAAAAGUUUUGAGGAGAUCAAAGCAGGAGACUUUGAGAUGUAUUUGGAGUUCUUUACCGUCACUUAUACGGACAUUAAAGUCAUGUAUUACGCAAUUAGUAAGUUGUUUUGGGAAAAGUGACUUUCCUUUAUGGAGAAAUUUAGAAAAUGCCAAAAUUUUACCUAAAUUUGGCAAAUGAUGUGAUUUGAAUUUUUCUACGGCAUUUUAGAGGUUUUUAGAUCGCGUUAUGCAGAAAUAUCAUCAAAAAUUUUUUUUGAUAUUUUUCCAUUUAAAGAAUUUUCCGCCAACUUUUUUUCAGCAAAAUUCGAUCAAAAUAUCACGGAGGGACCGCAUAUCGCCUACAUAAUCGAUGACGACAAUGCGAAUUUGUGGCUCAAAAACACUUGGUAUUUACCGGACCGAGAAACGGAGAGGGCGCGGAUCUUUCAAUGCACGGACCGGUUCCUCUAUUACUUUGAAGAGUAAGCAACGCGUUACGACAUUCCUUUGUCCAGUUUUUACAAACAAUCUUUGUAAAAAACUGUUUGUUUGCUUUUGACGAAAUAACUUAACUUUUUGUGGGAAACAUUGGAAAAGCUCAAAGAUAUGUAAAAGAAAACAGUACUACUGACAAUUGGAAACAUUUUGAGGCAUUUUCAGACAUGGCAUGGUCCGUCUUCAAACCCCCUCCGGAUUUGACUGUUCUCACGCCUACUUGUACGGCAAUAUAAUGUUUAUAAAUCAAACACACUUCAUUCAGUUGGGAAUGAACGAUGGGUACAUUGGAAGAGGCUUGAAAGGAACAGUGUGAGUGCUAGUUGUAAAAUAAGUUUUUCGAAUUCUUCGUAUGUAUGGAUACAAUUCUAUGAGACCAUUUUAAGGCCUAUUGAAAAGUCCAAACUCCGCGAUGACAUUCAGCUGACCAUGGAGUUGUGUUUCAAGCCGGUAGGUCUCUUUCUUAGUACGCUGUUUAUCAGAAGAUAUUAUAUAGAAUACUUUGUUGAAGCCACUAUUUUUUUAAACUUUUUUUAUACCUUUUCAGGACCGUUUCUGUGCCCAGACGAAUCCAAUCAACCUUGUCACCAUUUCUAACCAACCUUUUGCAUACUUUGCGAAUAAUCUAGAGUUUCAUGUGAGAAGAGCAAGGUGGGUAUUGGUUUUUGCGAUGACGUACAGUAGUCGACGGCGGGCGGCCUUGAAGGAAAGGACGCGAUUUUCAAAGCGGAGUUUUUUAGCUUAGAGAAGGGAAGGGUUUUGAGUCAUUUUGGUCCCUUCCGGGAUGCAACGUGAGACGUUUUUUUGCCAUUGGAUCAGGUCCCUCACUGUAGAAUCAACAAAACUUCAUAACAUGUGAGAAGUUGAGAGAGCCACCAGUCAAAUUAGUCGUUUUAUUAUUUCGCAACAAGGCAUGACGCAAACUCAAUUUGCUCUAUUCUAUUUACGUACAUAUGAUUUGUUAGCAACUUUUCUUAACAGUUUUAUUUGAGCUCAUUUUGCUCAUAGAUCUUAGCUACGCCUAUGGCCGCUGCAAAGUAAAACAAUGCAAAUCUUGGGUGGUAUUUCGCAACCUCCUCGAAAUAAAGAACGGGCCAAGGCAUUGUCAAGCAUUGUAAUUUGUAAAAUACGCGGUACAGUAUGUAUGUUCUUUUAUUAUCUCAACCACUUUCAGAGAUCCGUCCGGAAGGCUGGCUGUAAAUUUUGUUGUCGAGGUUCACGGAAGUGCACGAGCCGAAGAACAGUAAGUUUGAAUAGUAAAACGUAUGAUCAUAAAAAGUCAAAGGGGAAAGUUGUUUCAAUAUUCCAAAGGUUUUCUGAUCCGUUUCGCGUUCUUUUUUUUCGCCACUAGGCUUCUGCCUAACACAACGAGAGUUCGUUUGAAUUACAACUUUUUAAUCCUAAUCUCCAAUGAAAUCUGGGGUAUUUAAAUACGUAAAUAGCAAAGUUUAUAACCUUUAAAUCCGAUAAAAAUAAUCCAACACUUCUUGUUUAGAUUGGUAAACUUUGUAUUAUUAAAGUUUACCAAUCCAGACCAGAAAUAAAUCAAGCCCAUUUCCAGCCGCUCAUUCUUCUUCCCAUCGGACCUGAAGACCUUCGGUGGAGAGGUGGACAAGCGAUUUGAAAGAGUCGCUUUGAUUCCGUUAGUACGAGAAACCGACCCCUUCUUCUCCAGGUACAAUAUUAAUUCCAUGACUGAUGCCGAAAUUGCCGUGGAAAUGGAGAGAAAACGUGUCUAA